UGCCACCCUCUAAUUUUUAAUUUCAUUUAACAUUUUUUUCUAAAUCAAAAGCUAAGGAAAUGUCCAAAAACCCUUUCAAAAGAUCAACAAUUACAAAAUCCUACCUCAAAUUUACUAUUUCUACAACCAAACACUCCCAUCGAUCUCCAAUUAUUCCCUCAAAAAAACAUCACAACCAUGUCUACUUCUCUCCGCACAACCACCGCUGCUUCUCGUCUCAGUCGUCUCCUCCGCUCCUCCUCCUCUUCCAUAUCCACACUCGCUCUCUCCGCUUCCUUUCUCUAUUUUGCCGGAUCUAUCGUCUCUUCUCCACUUCUUUAUUAUUCAUCCUCUCUCACAUAUGCCUCACUCCCUCUUCUAAAUCUUUACCGGAGAGCCGUCACGUUUCUCCUAAGGGAUCUCCAUUCAAAAUUGGGAUUCCCAAGUUUGCGAUCGUAUCCGAUGAUAAUAAGUUCACUCAGUUUUCGCCUCUUAUUCUACGAUCACCCCACAUCCUCCUCAGUUUCCGCCGUCGCGACAUCAGAAGACUGCUCUCACUUCUACUGCAACGAUUGUGUCUCGAAAUAUAUAGCUGCAAAAUUACAAGACAACAUCCUCUCAAUCGAGUGUCUUGUCUCUGGUUGCGAGAGCUCUGGUCGGCUCGAGCCAGAUAAGUGUCGUCAAAUCUUGCCAAGAGAGGUUUUUGAUCAGUGGGGUGAUGCUCUUUCUGAAGCAGUAUUGAUGCGUUCAAAGAGAUUAUAUUGUCCUUAUAAGGAUUGCUCUGCUUUGCUUUUCAUUGACGAGAGUGAAGUGAAGAUGAAAGAUUCGGAGUGUUCUCAUUGCCAUAGAAUGGUGUGUGUAGAGUGUGGGACUAAGUGGCAUCCGGAGAUAACUUGCGAGGAGUUUCAGAAGCUAGCAGAAAACGAAAGAGGAAGAGAUGAUAUUUUGCUCGCGACGAUGGCAAAGAAAAAGAAAUGGAAAAGAUGUUAUUCUUGCAAACUUUAUAUUGAGAAGUCUCAGGGUUGCUUAUACAUGAAGUGCAGGUAUAUGUAUAUUCUUCUUCUUCUUAUCGCCUGUGAUGCAAAUUUGUGAAACAAUGGUUUUUUUUUUAAUAAUUUGUUUAACACAUUUUGCGUUUUGCUACAAUAAUGGAACUCCGUCGAGGGACCAUUCUCAUUCUUGUAACUAUUGUAAGCGUUGAUUUAGCAUUAGUAUUUCUUAUUAUAGGUCUCUAAAGGUAAAGCCUAAAGCUAAAGAUUAAGCUUUAUGGAUAUGGAUUUCUAUUUGGUCUUGAUGCUUUGUGCCUAUUUUCUCUUCUUUUAAACUAUCUUGAUAGUUGUACUGAAGAGAUUGUGACUAAAAAUGAUUCAAUUUGCCUUCAGACUUCAAGGGUUUUGCGUUACUUUGACAUUGUUUUGAUCUAGAGGAUAAAAUGAACAAGUUUCAAUUUCUUGACUUCGAAAGUAAAAUG